CAUAUUGUUUUUUUUUUUUUGGACUAAAUUUGCAUAUUGUUUGUUUCUGGAUUUCUUUUACUGAUCUCCUUGUUGUGUUAAUCAACCCAGAUGGAUUCUCUUCAGGUUAUGCUUUUCCAGUGGCAGUGAUCGAUCGCUAUCGUUUGCAGCUCUUGGUUUGUGUUGUGCUUUCCUGGGCCUAUUUUGAUUUCUGGGGAUGAACGUUGUGAGACUGGGCUCCAUCUAUCAAGAAUUCAACUUCCAAAAUAGUCAAUAUUAAAAAUAUAUCGACUAGUGUCCUGGCCCAAUUGAAGCACUCUCUUUCUCUAUGGAGGUACACUUGUUUGGUUUCUUCCCGUUCCACAUUUACCCAUUUAGUGGAACCAACGUAUGCCUUCAGUUUGGGCCUACCAAAAUUUUAUCAAGUUGUGUAAACAGUUUUAUUUUAGAGAAAGUAUCAACCAUCAAGUAUCAACCCCCUACAAAUUUAAAAUACCCCUUAUGGCUAGGAAUUCUGAUGUUCAAACACAUACCAAAUUGCUUGAACAAAAAAUAAAAAAAACAUUUUUAUAUGUGUUUGGUCUUCAAAUGAUGAUCAUAGUGUCUUAAUUCCGAGGACAUUCUCCAGUAAUUUCUGCUUCCGUCCCCUUUUCAUAUGGUCCAUCAAAUAACAAAACUUUCAAAGGUGUCGGCUUCCCCAGUUGCCACAUUAAAGAGCCUGGGCCAAUGUCAAUACGCCAUCCAUUCAAUGCGUGCAAGUAAUGUGUAAUGCAUGUCCCAACAAAAUAUAAAUUAAAAUCAACAGCGUGACGAACUAAAUUAUUGGAAGAAACUAAGCCACCACUCCCAUCUAUCACCGACAACCAAGUUUCACCAUGGGAAACAGUUCCAAUGAAGAAGAUGGAGGAGAACCCAACAAAAACAAUUACCACGUAAUAGACAUGUGCAAGUGGAAGUUUAACCAAGAGAGACUAGCUUCCAUGCAAGCCAAGAUCACAGGUAGCCCUAAACUUUUAAGUAAAGGCGCAGGCAAGAGAACCUGUUGCAUCUUCAGGGUUCCACAGAGCCUAAUCGACGCAAACGGAAAAGCCUACCAUCCCCGAAUCGUGUCCAUUGGUCCUUACCACCGCGCCCAAUCUCGCCUGAACAUGAUCGAGGAACACAAGUGGAGCUACCUCGCUUCCCUACUUGCUCGGACACACCUCCAUGGGUUAACUUUAGAGGCCCUAUUAGAAUCCCUGGCACCCUUAGAAUCCAGAGCCAGAGAGUGUUACUCCGAAGCCCUUCAACUAGACACCCACGAUUUCAUCGAGAUGAUGGUCCUUGACGGUUGUUUCAUCAUCGAGCUCUUCCGCAAGGUUGCAAGAUUGGUACCCUUUGAACUCAACGAUCCCUUAGUCACCAUGGCCUGGAUUUUACCCUUUUUCUACCGAGAUUUCCUCAAGCUAGAAAACCAGAUCCCGUUCUUCAUCCUUCAACGCUUGUUUGAGGUCUCAAACAUCCCCCAAGAUAAGUCAACGUCCUCGCUCACCGCCCUCGCUCUGGAAUUCUUCAAUAACAUUUUGCUGAGGCCAGACGAGGUAAUAAGGCAGAAGAGCACGACGGCAAAGGGGAUGCACUUACUGGACCUGAUUCGGUCCAGCUUCAUCCCGAACGACGAACAAGUGGCAGAGCCAAAAACGGUGUCAACACCAACGCACGUGAUCCACUGCGUCUCCAAGCUUCGGUGCGCAGGGAUCAAGAUCAACCCAGGGAACGACAAAGAAACAUUCCUGCAAGUAACAUUCAAACACGGCGUGAUAGAGAUGCCGAUGCUAACGGUAGACGACUUCAUGAGCUCGUUCUUGCUCAACUGUGUGGCGUUCGAGCAGUGCUACAGCUCGUGCUCCAAGCAGUUCACCACGUACGUCACGCUUUUGGACUGCCUCAUAAACACGUACAGGGAUGUGGAGUACCUGUGCGACAGGAACAUAAUAGAGAACCACUUUGGGACUGAAGGGGAAGUUGCGAGCUUCGUUAACAACGCUGGCAAAGACGUCGCGGUUGACUUGGAAAUGUGUUACUUGUCUCGGUUAUUCAACGAGGUUCAUCAGUAUUAUAGUAAUAGUUGGCAUGUUCAGUGGGCUACCUUCAAGUAUAGGUAUUUUGAUACGCCAUGGUCCUUUAUCUCUGCACUUGCUGCCUUCGUUUUGUUGCUUCUUACUGUGGCUCAGACCUACUUCGCGGCUUAUCAGUAUUUUGAUCCCCAAAAAUUUAAUUGAUUAAUUGACGCUGAUUUUCUUCUGAUCUACAAUGACAUACAUACUGGCUCUGUCUGUAGAGUUGUUGAUCUGGUGUGACCCCCAUUUUGGCACAAAUUUUUACAUAUCAUCAUCUACUUUAUAAAAAUAGCUUCUACUCUGUGUAUCUUAAAUAAGCAUCGUUAGUCGUUACGUGUCAAAAUCAAAGUUUCAUAAACAUAGUAAAAGAAAGAGGUUUCAUAUUGAAAAUUCAAAAAGAACAAAAGGAGAUUGUAAAUCUGGAAAUUAUUUUCUAAUCACUGCUUUAUUAUUCA